UAAAAAAAAAAGCACCCAUCCAGGGGACACUCUCGGUAUUUACAGAAGAGCUGCUGAACUGCAUGCAUUGGUCCGGCAGCCCACCGCGACCUACACCCGGGCUGCAACCCGAAGAGUCAUGGCGCCCUUGUCUUUGCCCCUGUCGUCUCUCCUGAAGCACAAGGACUGUCUGCAGAAGGCGAACGCGUUUUGUAAUGUGUUACAGAGUUUACACCACCGGCCGUGCACGUCUCGCUUAUGGAAACGGAGUUUCGGUGCGGUGGCCCACGGAGUCGGUCAAUUACUGUCACACCGACCCGGAUCCCCAAACUACGCAGCAUCUGUGUGUCGCAGCUCUUCGGCCGGCCAGGACAUGACAGAGCGGCUGCGGGCUGUUUACAACGAGACCAAGAAGCAGACUGAAGCUUUGAUCCCGGCCAUUUUCACCAACUCCAUCAACCCUGACACCAUUUUUGCCAACAACGAGAUGAGCCUACGAGACACGGAGAUCUACGGCUUCGACUACGACUACACCCUGGCUUUCUACUCCAGGCACCUGCACACCCUCAUCUUCAACAUAGCCCGGGACAUUCUUAUCACUAACCACAGGUAUCCAGAGGGUCUGAGAAAGUACGAGUAUAUUCCUAAUUUUGCUGUAAGAGGACUUCACUACGAUGUUCAGAAGGGGCUGCUGAUGAAGAUAGAUGCUUUUCACUACAUCCAGUUGGGAACUGUAUACAGGGGUCUUGAUCCAGUCCCUGAAGAGGAAGUAAUUGCCAUGUAUGACGGUUGUCACGUACCUCUCGAGAACAUGAGCGACUUCUAUGGCAAGAGUUCCCACGGCCACACCAUGAAACAGUUCAUGGACAUAUUCUCCCUGCCCGAGAUGACUCUCCUGUCUUGUGUCAAUGACUUCUUCAUGAGGCACAACAUCGACUAUGAGCCAGUGCAUCUCUACAAAGACGUGAAGGAAGCCAUUAGAGACGUUCACGUCAAGGGCAUCAUGUACCGAGCCGUGGAGGCAGAUAUUGAGAAAUACAUUUGCUAUGGCGAGCAAAGCCAUGCUGUGCUGAAGAAGCUGUCCGAGCAUGGGAAAAAGAUGUUCCUCAUUACCAAUAGCCCAUUUGACUUUGUGAACCGAGGAAUGAACUACAUCGUAGGGAAGGACUGGCGAGACCUGUUUGACGUUGUGAUAGUUCAGGCUGACAAACCUGGUUUCUUCAAUGACAGGAGGAAACCUUUCAGGCGAGUGACAGACAAAGGUGCAUUGCAGUGGGACAGGAUUCACAAGUUGGAAAAAGGGAAGAUCUACAAACAGGGAAACCUUUAUGAGUUCCUGAGACUCACCGGCUGGAGAGGAUCCAAAGUGCUCUACUUCGGUGAUCACAUCUACAGUGACUUGGCAGAUCUGACACUGAAACAUGGCUGGAGGACGGGCGCCAUCAUCCCUGAGCUGAGGAAGGAGAUCAAGAUCAUGAACACGGAGCAGUACAUGCACAUGAUGGCCUGGUUACAGGCGCUGACUGGACUUAUCGAGCAGAUGCAGGUGCACAGGGAUGCAGCAUCUCAAGCCGUCGUGGAGGAGUGGAUACAAGAGCGAGAAGCCAUGAGGUCACAGACGAAGGACAUCUUCAACUCUCAGUUCGGGAGUCUCUUCCGGACGUACCACAACCCCACCUACUUCUCACGCCGGCUCUCGCGCUUUGCGGACAUCUACAUGGCCUCCAUCAGCUGCCUGCUCAACUACGACUUCCAGCACACCUUUUUCCCUCGCCGCACCCCCCUGCAGCACGAGGCCCCCUUCUGGCCUGAACACGGUCCUGCUGGUAUUAGCGUCUCCUCUCAGCUCAGCAAGAUGAACGCAGACUCCGAUUAGAGAGAGAGAGAGAGAGAGAGAGAGACUUGAUCUCCAUUGCUGACUUAUUUAAUUUUAGAAGAUGCAUGCUACAUUUUAAGAUGUUUAACUAGUAACAAUCAAGUAGACUGUUGAUGUUAAUUGGACUUUAAACUAGUUAGUUACAAACGUUAAAGUCAGUCUUUAAGAGGACCAGUGGAUUUGUGCUAUUUAAGCAAAAGGACACUUAACUUAACACAUUAUUAUUAUAUUACGUUAUGUUUUCAUUUAAGAAAUGGACACUUUGUACUUUACAUUUUAGUCACACAGAAUUUGAAACAUUGAAUGCACUGAUUGUGUGAGUGUGUGUGUGUGUGUGUGUGUGUGUGAGAGGUAUUGUAAGAAUGUAUGCAAAGAUGCUGGAUUUACACAGUCUAAACAACGGGGGGCAGUCACGCAUCGUCUCUAUUAUGUGUCUCUGGAGUGUAAAUGGAAGAUUACCUUUGCAUUUUUUCCUAUCCUUUGUGUCAGUAAAACUAGAGAGACACUGGACUAGACUGUCAGUGAAAUGGGAAUACUCAGAUGGGACAUUUACAUUACAAACUCUGCUGCCUUAAUCUACUUUGUGGCAUUACUGCAAUGUGUGUAUUUUUGCUAUAGUCUAAUGUAAUCUGUGGUAAUGAAGCUUUUCAAAUGUUACAUCUUGGUUCAUCUCAUUUUGAACUGCACAUUUAUGGCCUGAGAUCUUUGUAUUUAAUUGUCUGAACGGGUUCCACACAUCAAGUCUAAUUUUAGCACGUGAGAAAUGUUCUUAUUAGUCAGGAAAAAAUAGAGCAUUUGUGUUAUAUUUAGCAAGAGUGUUGCUAUUUGAUCUGUUCAGGCAUGAGUUCCAUUGGGUUUCACACUUCUGCAGAAAACAUGUGACAUGUUUUUACAUGUGCUGGAAUAAAGGCUUAAGAAGAAUG